AUGGCAGCUCCUACUUCACUUCUUCUACUCCUCCUACUGCUGCUGGCGCCGCCGGACUCAUCCGCCGCGCCGGUGGCCGGGCUGAUUCCCGAGCUCAAAUUCUUUGAAAAAUCUAUCUCGGCCAUCGAGGAAGUCGCCGGCUAUUACCUGGAAGAAAAGAAGGAGGAGGGCGUCAAGGACGUCUCCGGCGAGCAGAGCAGCGCCGACGACCGCCAGCUGGGCAGCUCGGCGGCCGACAGCUACGGCGCCUUGAUCUUCGACCUCCCCGUCGGGACAUCGCCGCCGCAGGUCCUCCCCUUUGUCAUGGACAUCACCACCGACCUCGUCUGGGCGCAGUGCGGCAAGCCCGGGCCCACAUACGCACCCACCUUCCGGCCGAACCGCUCCGACUCCUUCUCCCCGAUCGGCUGCGCCGACCCGGCAUGCAGCCGCCUGAUGCCCAAGUACAAAUGCGCCGGCCCAAGUGACCGCUGCGGUGGCACCUCCGCCUUCCUCGCCACCGACACGUUCACCUUCGGGACCACGCCCGCCAAAGGCAUGGUGUUCGGCUGCAUCGGCAAGGUCCCGGAGCGGAACCUCAACAGCACAUUCGGCUCCGCCGGCUUCAGCAGGGGGCCGCUCUCACUGGUGUCGCAGCUCCACAUCUCCAGAUUCUCCUACUUCAUCGACGACGGCGGCGGCGACAACAGCUUUGUCAGCUUCAGCGUCGCCGACGACGCGGCGCCGGCCAAGGAUAAGGGCAGUCGGAGCACGCCGUUGCUCAAGGGCAAGUACCCUGACUUGUACUAUGUUAAGCUAACGGGCGUGCAGGUCGACGGCGAACUCCUCAAAGACAUCCCGGAGGAGACCUUCUCCGGCUCCGGCGGGGUGAUCCUCAGCACCACCCUUCCACUCACCUACCUCGAACAGGCCGCGUUCAAGGUUCUGAGGCAGAAGCUCUUGACCAGGAUCCUGCAGCAGAAGGUCGUCGGGGUACCCAAAAGCCCCGAUGAGGACCGCCUGUGCUUCCCCACCAAGGAAUUUGCCGCUGUUAAGGUUCCCACCGUCGCGCUGGUGUUUGACGGCGCCGACGCGGCCAUGGAGCUCAAUGUGAAGAACUACUUCUUCGACGUCGCCGGCAGUGGCCAGACUUGCCUCACCAUACGUCCAUCGACCGGUGGGUCCGUCCUCGGCAGCCUGCUGCAGACGGGCAGGAACAUGACCUACGACAUCCAUGACGACGGCGGCGUGCUGACGUUUGGGCCGGCGGUGGCCGCAAGUGGGCCAGCUGCGGCGGCGACGAAGGGUGGCGCCCCUGCUCUGGCGCAGGCGUCGCUCGUGACAAUAGCCACUCUUCUACUUCUAGGGUGGGUGCUCAUCUUCUAGUUCCAGCUAGCCAGAUCACGCGGUAUAAUAAUCCUAUGCUGCAGUUAAGGUCACAUGGAGGCAUGUGUUGUGUCAGGCGUAUUAGCCAAUGUACGUGCAUCAUUAUGGUAUCAGGGAUUCUUAUUUACUAAGUAACUGCAUGCAUGUGUUAUGUACUACUCCCUCCGUUCUUAAAUAUUUGUCUUUUUAGAGAUUUCAACAAAUGAUUACAUACGGAGCAAAAUAAGACUCUAAAAUGUGUCGAUAUACAUCCGUAUGUGGUAGUCCAUUUGAAAUCCUAAAAUGACAAAUAUUUAAAAACGGAGGGAGUACUAAGUAACUGCAUGCAUGAUGUAAGAUUCUUAUUUCAGAAGCU